AAAACAGAAGUUACCAAAGGAAUCAGGAAAAAGGGUUUUUUGGUUCACUUCGCCGUGGAGCUGUGGUUGUGGAGUGGUGAUUUUGAGAUAUGGAGGCGGAGAAAAUGGAAUUGAAGCUGUACAACACAAUGACGCAGCAGAAAGAAGUGUUGAUUCCGAUCACUCCGGGAAAAAUCGGAUUGUACGUUUGUGGUAUCACAGCUUACGAUUUCAGCCAUAUCGGCCAUGCUCGCGCCGCCGUUUCCUUCGAUGUUCUUUACAGAUACUUAAAGCAUUUGGGUUAUGAAGUUAAUUUUGUACGCAAUUUCACAGAUGUUGAUGACAAGAUCAUCAAACGUGCUAAUGAGAGUGGAGUGGAACCGUUAGAAUUGAGUAAUCAGUUUUGCGAAGAAUAUUUGGUAGAUAUGGCUGCUCUUCAGUGCCUGCUUCCUACCCACCAGCCUCGUGUCAGUGACCAUAUGGACCACAUUAUAAAAAUGAUUGAAAAGAUCAUCGAGAAAGAUUGUGGGUAUGUUGUGGAAGGUGAUGUGUUCUUUUCGGUCGACAAAUCACCAAAUUAUGGUAAAUUAUCUGGGCAAAUGUUAGAACAUACUAGAGCUGGUGAGCGUGUUGCUGUUGAUUCGAGAAAGCGCAACCCUGCUGAUUUUGCAUUAUGGAAGGCUGCAAAACCUGAUGAGCCAAGUUGGGAGAGUCCAUGGGGUCCAGGAAGACCAGGAUGGCACAUCGAGUGCAGUGCAAUGAGUGCUCAUUAUCUGUCUCCGAAAUUUGACAUUCAUGGGGGUGGUGCAGAUCUGAAAUUCCCGCAUCAUGAAAAUGAGAUUGCCCAGACAUGUGCUGCAUGUGAGGAUAGUGGAGUGAAUUACUGGUUGCAUAAUGGGCAUGUCACUAUCGGUAACGAGAAGAUGGCAAAAUCAAAGAGAAACUUCAAAACAAUUAGAGAAAUGACAGAUAACUACCAUCCAUUGGCUCUGAGGCACUUCUUGAUGAGUGCACAGUACCGAUCUCCUCUAAGCUAUUCAGAGUCACAGCUAGAGUAUUCGUCAGAAGCUUUAUACUAUGUUUACCAGACUUUACAAGAUCUUGAUGAAGGUCUGUCACCAUAUCGAGAAUUAAUGUCUGAAGAUGGUGGAAAAGCUGAACAGACUCCAGAAGCCAAAGACAUCAUUAAGAAGCUGAAAAGUGAAUUUGAAGCAAAGAUGUUAGACGAUUUGAAUACGGCUCAUAUACUUACGGGUGCUUACCAAGAUGCAUUGAAAUUCAUCAACGCUUCACUCAGCAAGCUCAAGAAAAUGCAGAAGAAACAGCGAAUGUCGAUGCUCGUGUCACUCGUCGAGAUUGAGAAAGCAGCAAGGGAAGUUCUUGAUGUACUUGGUUUGCUCACUACUCUGAGCUAUGCCGAGAUUUUGCAGGAAAUGAAACUAAAAACACUAAAAAGAGCAGAACUGGGAGAAGGAGAUAUUACGCAGUUAAUAGAAGAAAGGAUAACAGCACGAAAGAACAAAGAGUUUGAGAAAAGUGAUCAGAUUAGAGAGAAAUUGACAAGAAAAGGUAUAGCAUUGAUGGAUAUUGGUAAAGAAACUGUGUGGAGGCCAUGCUUCCCUUCUCAGGCUGAUUCAAGCAAGUGAGCACAAAGAACAGAGAGAUGGAAAUAGUCAUCACUGUCUUCAUUUCUCUACUUCUUUUUCUUUAGCCUCUGUUUCAGGCUCUUUCAUUUCAACUCUGUUUUUGGAGUUGUGCGAUAAUGACUCAUAAUAGACACUUGUUGCUGUUUAUUGUAUUCACUCAAUGACAUUGUAACAAUAUUUUACUUUAGAUAUUGUUUUAUGGGACUCUCUC